CUGGGCUGGGCUUCUGUUGCUGUCGCUGCCGCCGGCGCUGCGGGGGCCGCGUGAAGACGGAGCACAAGGCCUUGGCCUGUGAGCGGGGCACCCUCAUGGCCUUCCUGCUGCUGACCACCCUCAUCCUGCUGAUUGGUGUGGUCUGCGCUUUUGUCACCAACCAGCGCACACACGAGCAGACCCGCCCCAGUGUGGAAGCUAUGCCUGAGACCCUGCUCAGCCUGCGAGGCCUGGUCUCUGACGUCCCCCUGGAGCUGCAGGCCAUGGCAGAGCAGUUCUCCCUGCCCCAGAAGCAAGUUUUGGAGGAGCUGGAUGGGGUUGGUGAGCGCCUUGGGAACAUUGUGCACAGCCAGCUUGGGAGCAUAGUCUACCCGGUGCUGGCUUCUAUGGACAGCCUGGGCAAGGCCUUGCAGGUCGCCAUGGACCACCUCCAUGCCCUGAACACCACCUUGGUGGAACUGCAGAAGGGGCAGCAGCACCUGGAGCUGGCUGUGCAGAAGCAUAGGGACCACCUGCUUGCCCUGUUGCAGGAGCCUGGGUGCCAGGGGGACUGUGAGAGGACCCUGAACCAAGCCCGAGCCCUGGAGCUGGCUGCCGACUUUGUCCAGGUGCCCUCCAUAGACCACGUCCUGUACUGGCUACAGGGAGUCCCAGAGGCCAAUUUCUCUAGCAUGGUCCAGGAGGAGAACAACACCUUCGGCAGCCUCCCGCUCCUGGUCGCCAUGCAGGCGGCCAGCGUGGUCCAAGAUCUGAAGAAGGCAGUGGUGCAGCAGCCAGAGGGUGUGAGGACCUUGGCCAGUGGCUUCCCGGGCUCUGAGACAGCUUCCCGCUGGAGACAGGCACUGGAGCAGCUGGAAGAGCACAGCCGCCCCUACCUGCGGGACGUGCAGCGAUACGAGACUUACAGGUGCCCUCCAUAG